CUCGUUCCUCUCAUAGAGAUCGUCUGUUGUCCCCGUACACCAUCUCCAAGGUCGCUCCAUUCCCAUCCCCAUUCACACCCUUCCAACCAUGUCCAAGUGGCUCUCCAAGUCGGAGCUGGACAAGCUCGGCGCGGCGGCCGAGACCGCCGGUCAGGGCGAGGCCGAGGAAACGUUUGCGGUGAGCUUUGACGUUGCCUCGGCAAGCGCCAACUCGCUUGCCCGUGAUCUUACCGACGCAGGAUCGGUCCUCUCUGCGCUGACCAACGAUUGGACCAAGCGCGUCCUUGCCCUCCAGUUUGUGGCUGCCGUCGCCCGUGCACCGGGCAUCUUUGACGCACAACACCUCCACGCGCUCGAGGCCAUCACCUCCGUCCGCAAGGCCGUGGCCGAUCAAUGCAAGGAUCUCCGGUCCAAGGUGCCCAAGGAGGCCACGGCUGCCAUUCUCGCCAUGGUCCGCGGCAUGAUGGCUGCAGACUCGUUGACCAUCUCCACCGCUAUUGCCACCACCGACUUCUUUGUUCCCCAUCUUGUCGCCAUGCACACCGCCUCCAAGACUGCCCUCCGCCUCCCGGGCACCGAGACGCUUGCUGAGCUUGUUGCCACCGGCACCGUUGGCUCAUCGCUCGCCCACAUUGCAGAGAACGUGAGCCACAAGUCGACCAACGUCCGCCUCGCCUGCACCACCUCGAUCGCCGGCAUGGCCGCGGCAGCCAAGGCAUCCACCGGCAUUGCCGCCGACUCGCUCGCCUCGAGCCAAGCUGUUGUUGAGACUGCCAUCAAGACUGCACUCGGCGAUGCCGCACCCGACGUCCGCACCGCCGCAAAGGCCGCCGCCCUCGCAUACAUCGACGCCUUGCCGGCCGCCAAAGAAUCGUUCAUGGCGAGCCUCGACCCGACGUCGCGCAAGCGGCUCGAAAAGGCGCUUGGCGGCGGGAGCUCGCAACCGCCGUCGCGUCGCGGACAUCGCGGGCCGCCACGCCAGCGCCCGCGCCCCGGUGCCGCCGCGCUCAAGCGCAAGCGCCCGCUGCGCCGCCCAGUCAAGUCCGCCGCUAAGGAGAUCGAGAUUGAGAUCUUUGUUGCGCCGCCGCCGCCCAAGACUGCACCCGCGCCAUCGGAGGCCUCAGUCGACUCGGUCGAGUCAGCAGUCGACGCGCCGGCACCCAAGAAGCGCAAGUCGCUCGGCGCCCCGCGCCGCCAGCUUGCGCCUGCCACCGGCUCGCCGACGCCGCAGCCUGCCACUGAGCCGCAGCCGAUGGAACUCUCAUCGCCGCAGGUGGCAGCCAAGGCGCGGCGCGCCCGCCGCUCCCUUGGUGCCCCGCGCCGAGUCUCUGGCGCCGCCGACAUGGUCCUCGCCUCGCCGCCGCAAGCCUCGCCGGCCGCAGCCGGCGCUCCGAAGGAGACGUCGGCACGCCCACAGCGCGAGGCGUUCAAGCCGAGCCAAGGUCCAUCGCGGCGUAUGUCGCUGCUCACUGGUGGCGCCCGGCGCGCUCCGGUCCGCCGCAAGCCCAGCGGCGGCGAGGCUCCGCGCCGAUCGCGGGCCUCGCUCUCGGGCGGCGGCAUGUCGGCCGCCCGGCGGAUCCGCCGCCGCCCGGCGCCGGCCACACCGGCUGCCGCUGCUGCCGCUGUCACUGCCCUCGCCGCCGUCUCCGAGGCUGCCAAGGAGAACGCAAGCCCGGAGCGGGUCCUUUCCUCGACCAAUGUGCUCGUGGAGAGGUCAUCUUCGGCGGUGAAGAAGCCGCUGGCGCCUGUGGAGCCGGCGCAAGCGCCCGCCCCGCAACCGGCUGCGCCCAAGACACCCAAGACGCCCAAGGCCAAGCGGCGGCCGUUUACCGUUCUCAACUCGCCGUCGCUCGACUCGCGGGCUUUCAAUCUGCUUCGGACGCUGGCGUCGGCAACGCGCGACACCUGCGCGUCGGUCCUCGACAGCAUUGCGGCAGCGGCGACGCCGGUCAAGUACGCGCCGGUCACGCCCGGGCCGGCAGCACACGCCCGGCCGCACGACUCAUGAGACCAGCCGGCCUCCCCUCCAUCCUAAAUGUAUCUUGCGCUC